CUCACUUGAAACUGGCCUCCCCAGACCAUAACUCAAUCUCAACCCAGAUUGACCGUUACAGAGACGUCGUAUCCGGCAUUCUGUUUCCCAUAUUCACAGCCCUCGGAUCUACCUUACUAGGAAGACUAAGCUUAGUAGCCUUCCUAAUCAGUAAGGUACCUGAUAAAUGGCGCAGGCACGAUCUUAUUUGGCCCAUUUCGGGAUCUUCAUGCCCUUGUCCUGAGGUCGAUCAUUCUAUGAAUGGUCGUGAAGAUAUAAUAUGGCCUUGGCGACCACGAUGACUCCGGCACUCGUCUUGUCUCUUUCGACUAUCAGUAAGACCAGAACAAAAUGUCUGUUUCUACUAAGGCUCUCGCCCUCUUGGCAUUUGCCGGCGCUGCUUUGACAUUGCCAGCUGAUAUGCCUAUGUCUCUGUUCGCGACGAUCAAGUCUGCUCCUAAAGGGUGGGCUAUGGACGGACCGGCUACUAAAGAUGAAAUUAUCGAGCUGCGUUUCAAUCUCGCCAAGCAGAACACUGCACAGUUUCAAGAGCUAGCACUGAACAUCGCUACCCCUGGUCAUUCUCAAUACGGCAAGCAUUUGACUUUGGAGCAGAUCAAUGCUAUUGUCGCUCCCAAACCUGAGUCAAAAGAUCUACUCUUCCAAUGGCUCGGCGACCACAAUUUGGCAGAUGGUGCGACCUUGAACAGCCGCGGAAACGUGGUCAAGGUCAACACUACAAUCGGCCAAGCUGAGGCUCUCUUGAAUGCCAAAUACAACUCGUACACCAAUACGGACACUGGCGUAAAAGUUUCUCGUACUCUUUCGGUCCAUGUACCGGAAGCUCUUGUCGCUCAUAUCGAUGUAAUUCAGCCUACGACAUUUUUUGGCCUCAAGCGGCUCGCCCCAAAAAUUAACAACGACACCUUCCAUACCCUCGCUCAGACAGUUCCCAGCGAUCUCGCCCAGAUAUACGGGUUUGGCGACGUUCGGAAUCUGACGAGCGGGAUUAUGGGCAUUGCUGGUUUCCAAGACGAAACGGCUAGUAUGUAUGAUCUCUCUAUUUUUAUGAAAUACUUUGCCGUGCAGGACAACGUGGACCAUGGCUUCACUUGCGUCUCCGUCAAUGGCGGUCAGUGCCCCACCGAUGUUAGAAUACAGACGGACGAGGGAAACUUGGACACUCAGUAUGCGGCCGUCAUCACCAGCGAGAUUCCCAACGUGUACUACUCCACUGGAGAUGGGGCUCAGGACUAUUCCUUCUUUGAAGACCUUGCUGAGUAUCUCCUGGGACUCGAUGCGGCUUCGAGGCCUAAUGUCCUCUCGGUAUCGUACGGCGGUCCCGAGACCCUGUUUGACCGGAGCCUUGCUGUGUCUACAUGCAACACCUUUGCCGAGCUUGGUGCUACGGGUGUCUCCAUUCUAUUCGCGUCUGGCGAUUCCGGCGUCGGCGAUACUUGCAACAUUGAUGGAAAGGAUGCUUACGAACCCUUCUUCCCUGCUGGUUGUCCCUGGGUGACCACGGUUGGAGGCACGUCAGGUACGUCUGGCGCUGGGCCUGAGGAUGUCUGGGACUUUGGUGGUGGUGGAUUCUCUAACAUUUUUGGUCGCCCUUCCUGGCAAAACUCAACCAUCUCUUCAUGGUUGGCCUCGAACUCGGACGGAAAUACCCAGUACUACAACUCAUCUGGCCGAGCGUACCCAGACGUCGCCGCUGGUGCCGACUUCUAUCAGAUCAUCACUUUGGGCUCACCAAAAGCCGUAAGCGGUACUUCUUGCUCUGCUCCGGUCUUCGCGAGCAUUGUCCAGCUCGUUAAUUCUCAGCGCAUUGACGCAGGGAAACCUGCCCUAGGUUUUCUAAACCCCUGGCUAUAUAGCCUACCUAUCGGCGCUAACGGUCUGAAAGAUAUAACGAUGGGGAAGAUUACUGGUUGUUCUGGUACUCCCAUCUCCAAGGCCGGAUUCUCCGCCGUCAAUGGAUGGGAUCCCGCCACUGGCCUGGGCAGCCCUUACUACCCUGAUCUCCUUGAAGUUGGCAUGGCUGUCUAAAGUUGUGAAUCUAUGAGUAUAUCAGAAUAACAGACCGCCCCAACAGACAGGAACAUAGCAGACGCUAUGAGCUUGCAAUCGUAUAUACUUGGAGUCCGUAGAUUUGGAUAAAUUACCAAUCCAUAGAGAGUUAUUUAUUCAAACGUUUACCUUCUCAAACCCUGUGUUCUCUCACGUCUUUUUAGUUGUCUCUCUUUCGUUGGUACACAGCUUUAAACUACAUAGUUAUCCUGUAUUUGUACUUGGUUCUCUUCGGGCCAGACUAUACAGGCUUAUAUGGCAUAUUGAAGCAGGGAGUGACUAAAAGUCACCAAAUGACGGACUUCAGAUGUGGUGAUAGUGUGUGUAAUGCAAACGUUGGAAGACGAAUAAGGGAAGAGGAGAUUGAGAAAAAGGGGGCGGGGGUCCGAUGGAACUCAUCAGUUGAUAUCCUUAGGGGUACAGACUUAAAAGGUAAAUUGAGCACGCCUUCGGAAUAAUAUUGGUCAUGCUUGCGAUCGGGAAGUGGCAUACUUCCUUCCGCAUCCAAUUUUUCAUUUCCGUCGAAUGUGGUCGCUAAGAUUAGUCAACC